AUGAGCAUUAAAGCUUUGGCGGAUCUAAUAGGCGAAUUCGACGGGACACCAGAUAUGUUGAGCGUGUUGAAGAGGCAACUGAUUUUCAUAAAAACGGCACAUGAUCUCAGCGAUGAUGAAGCAAAAAUACUAAUCGGCAUGAAGUUAAAGAAGAGGGCAUUCGAGUGGUUGCACUCGAGAGCGGAGCAUUUGGAAAUGACAUUCGAUUCAUUGGUUACUGAGAUUGAGCGUAUGUACAAGCCCCAAAGUAGCGUAAUAGAGCAGCGGAAGAAAUUUGAAGGUAGGCUGUGGAGAAAGGGUGAGUCAUUCAGAGAUUAUGCGCAUGAUAAAAUUGUUAUUGGUAAUCGCAUACCUAUUCCAAGUAAAGAUUUGUUAGAAUAUUUAAUUGAGGGCAUAUCUGUCCUGUGCAAUCAGGCAAGAAUGCAGCAAUUCUCAAUUCUCGUGUCACUCAUAGAAGCAUUCGAUAGGAUCAAGCUAGGAGAAUCAUUGAUAUCGACGGAGGUCAGGUCGGUACGCGGUGGUAAAAGUUCGGCAGCGGCGAAAGUCAAGACGCAGGGACCGAAAUGCUUUGGCCGCAAUGAGUAUGGUCACAUUGCAUCCAAAUGUCCACGGAAGCUAGAAGUUCCAAGGCAGUCAAAUAUUGUGACGUGCACAGCACGGAAGCAGUAUACCAAAAACGUAACAAUUGGCGAACGUGCCAUCGAUGCCUUAAUUGAUACUGGUAGCGACUUAACUUUGAUGUACUACGAUGAGUACCUAAAGCUCGGGUCUCCUAGACUACGGCGAUGCAAGCUACGCUUCGCUGGGUUAGGCUCAUCCUCACAUACUGCAAUUGGUGAGUUUGAUACUAAAAUACAAAUAGAUGGGCAUCUGUUUCCAAUACGAAUUUGCGUUAUUUCCGAUAGGUUGCCAAGCCAUCGUCAUCUUAUUGGAACAGAUUUUCUUGAGAAGAGGAACUUUCAUGCGAAGAACAGGCUCAUUUGCAUUGAUGCAGACGAAGAUGACGAGGUAGCUGAAAUUAUGCAAAUCAAUUUAUGCGAAGAGGAUAGUAAAGAAGAGGUGAGAUUGUCUCACAUCGAGAACGACGACAUGAAGGCGGAGGUUCGAAAGUUAGUUACCGAGUAUCAGCCUAGAAAGACGAUCGAAACGACGGUUAGCAUGAGGCUUGUGCUCAAGGACAAUGAGCCCGUGUAUCAAAAGGCGAGGCGACUGCCGCCUAUUGAAAGAGAUAUAGUCAACAAGCAGGUUGCGGAGUGGGAGAGCCAGGGAAUAGUUAGACCAUCUUCAUCCGACUACGCCAGUCCCGUGGUACUUACCAAAAAGAAGAAUGGUUCACAUCGGCUUUGGGUCGAUUACAGGCUUUUAAACAGAAAAAUCGUUAGGGAUCGAUUCCCGCUGCCCUUGAUCGAAGAUCAGCUAGAUCGACUCCAGGGCGCAAAGAUGUUCAGUACCUUGGACCUGAGGAAUGUGUUCUUCCAUGUAAGGGUCGAAGACGCUAUCGUAAAAUACACCUCCUUCGUUGUGCCAGAUGGGCAGUUUGAGUUUUUGCGCGUGCCGUUUGGACUCUGCAACUCUCCACCGGUGUUCCAGAGGUAUAUAAACGCUGUUUUUCGUGACGCCAUCCGUGAGGGAAUCGUGCUGACAUACAUGGAUGACCUAAUAGUCAUCUCUGCGGACUACGUCGACGGUUUAGAGCGGCUGAAACGAGUGUUAGGCAUUGCAUCGAUAGCAGGACUCGAUAUCAAUCUGGAGAAAUGCCAGUUUCUUACAAGACGCGUCGAGUUUUUGGGCCACAUCAUUGAAGAUGGAAUGGUGAAGCCGUCUGAGACGAAGAUCGAAGCCGUGAAGCAUUUUCCUAAGCCAACAACUGUUCGACAAGUACAAGCCUUCCUAGGCUUAACAGGCUACUUUAGAAAGUUUAUCCCAGACUAUUCACGAAUAGCGCAUCCCCUAUCCAAUCUGUUGAGAACAAAUGUUACUUUUAAAUUCGACGAUGCUGAGGUGCAUGCUAUGGAUGAACUGAAGACGUACUUGACCAGCCGACCAGUGCUAAGCCUAUAUAGAACAGGAGCUAGGACCGAACUUCACACGGACGCCUCUAAAGACGGGUAUGGAGCGAUACUAUUGCAAGAGGAUGCGGACGACGGACUGAUGCAUCCAAUCUAUUUUGCCAGCGCAGAGCGGAAAGCCGGUAAAUCGGAAGGAUUCCUCCAUCCAAUAGACAAGGGGAACUACCCUUUUCACACGUUCCAUGUGGACCACUUGGGUCCGCUGCCAUCGACAAGAAAAUCAUAUCGCCACAUCUUUGCUGUCAUCGACGCUUUCACAAAAUUUGUUUGGUUAUAUGCGACUAGGUCAACAACAGCAGCGGAGGUCAUCGCACGGCUACGGAAUCAAGCAUAUGCAUUUACCAAUCCAAGACGCAUCGUUAGUGACCGCGGCACCGCUUUCACUUCGAAAGAGUUCGCGGAAUAUUGCCGUGUUAACAACGACGGGCAUCCCGAGAGCUAA